GCACGCAUUGUCAGACGGGUUACGCCGUGCGUACAAAUGUAAGCACGGCGCUGCGCCGCUCGUAUCGACGUCAUCACGCACGCAUUGUCAGACGGGUUACGCCGUGCGUACAAAUGUAAGCACGGCGCUGCGCCGCUCGUAGCGACGUCAUCACGCACGCAUUGUCAGACGGGUUACACCGUGCGUAAUGACGUCACUGCGCACGCUCUGCAUCUAAAUUCUAACGCAACGAGAGGUACGUGGCGCGCGGAAUAACAUUUAAACACAUUUGUUUUUAGAUAUAUCUAACAAAAAUACACGUGAACCACACAUCGUAACCCGGCGAGCCGCGAGCCGCAAAGACUAAAGUACUGUCAAGGAUAUGAUUCGCGAAUGUUUUAAGCGGGAGAGAGAAAUUAACAAGUUGGACAAUAUCACCGCCGACAACUGCCGCGAAACCUAAGAAUCUCGCCGCGCGUGUUUUUUUUUGGGUUUAAAAAAAAAGAUGAUCGUUGUUAUUGUUCUUGUGCGCCUUACAUUUACGCGACGAAAUGUGCAUACGACUGUGCAUUCGUUCGCGACGAUCCGUUCGUUUGGCCGUGGUGCACGCACGGACGGACGAGAGAGAUGCAUCGCUCUGCCAUUUGCAAGGGGGCCCGUAGCUCGCCUAAAAGGUGGCCAAGUAUUAAAUAAUAUAACUCUAGCGAGGGUCCAUUAUAUAGCGGACGACGAAUGCGUUAGAGUUUCUUUGUUGGGUAUUCGCGAUAUAUAUAAAAAAGAGGGUUGAUUUAUAAAACGUCGCGUUGAGUUUUAAUGAACAUGGAAAUGUUUGAGGCGUUGGGGGAAAUUCUGUGUACAUUGCAUGAAUCUGUGGUUGGGUAAAGGCGCAGCACUGCAAUAGCUUGGCUCGAGCCACUGUCUCACGAAGAGGGGGGGGGCCCUUGAUACCACACGGAGCUUAAGGACAGCGUUUGUACUUUGGCCUACUCCUCCACGCCGACAAGGCGUCUUGAAAGAACCUUAACUUGACGGUACGCCUCUUAAAAGUAUUACAUACCGCAGUGAGUGCACCUGUUUGUAACGUGACGCUGCUGUUGAAUGCCGGGUGUGUUCACAGUACGAAGACACUGCAGUCGUGGUUAGUUGUAGGCUACCGCGUUGGUGUUUCUCUAUAGACUAUUGUCGAGAAUUUGAUAUUCAUUAUCUGACGACUGCCUGCUACCAAAGUCGUCACCCCGUAUGCCCCCCUCCUCCCCCCGGUUUCGUCAGAUCUCUCUGUUGGGAUGAUGGGUCAGGGGUGGGGGAACGUCCGGCCCGCGGGCCGUAUGAGGCCCGCGAAAUCAUUUUGGUCUGCUGGCCCUGCCAAGGCAAACCGCAGGCGAGACUCGAAAUUCAAUGAAUCUAGGAGAGCAAACCUGGAAAAGUAGUUGCGAGUAGCAACAACAUCGUCAACACCAGCUAACAUAAUCAAUACCAGCUAAAAAUCAACAGCGGCUAACAUCAUCAACACCAGCUAACAUCGUCAAUACCGGCUAAGAUCAGAAACACACGCCUCCAUCAAAGAGAAGCAGUUCCCGCCAUCGCAUUAGGGGAGGCGCGAGCUCGUCAUCUGUCCGAUUCCGCGGCGACGGGAGCGGAGCGCGGAGUGACGGCGUGAACGCUCCCGCGGCGGCGACUGCGGCGUGCGACGCUAUGGCGACGCGCACGCUCGUGCUGGUGCGCCACGGCGAGGGCUCGUGGACGCGCGAGAACCGCUUCUGCAGCUGGGUCGACCAGCCGCUGAGCGCCGACGGCGAGGCGGAGGCGCGCCGCUGUUCGCGCCUCCUCGCGGCCGCCGGGAUCCGCUUCGACGCCGCCUUCUCCUCGCUGCUGACGCGCGCCAUCAAGACCGCCUGGCUCAUCCUGGAGGGCGUCGGCCAGGCCUGGGUGCCGCUGGCGCACAGCUGGCGCCUCAACGAGCGCCACUACGGCGCCCUCGUCGGCCUGAACCGCGCGCAGCUGGCGCUGAACCACGGCGAGGAGCAGGUGAAGGCGUGGCGGCGCGCCUACGACGUGCGGCCCCCGCCCAUCGACGAGGCGCACCCCUACUUCGACGAGAUCCACGGCGACCGGCGCUACGCGAGCUGCGACGUGCCGCGGGGGAAGAUCCCGCGCGGCGAGUCGCUCCGCGACGUGCUCGAGCGCCUGCUGCCCUACUGGGAGGGCAGCAUCGUGCCCGAGCUGCGCGCCGGCAAGAACGUGCUGGUGUCCGCGCACGGCAACAGCGUCCGCGCCAUCAUCAAGCACCUGGAAGCUCGACGACGAGCUGGCGCCGGUGGGCGAGCGCCGCUACCUGGGCGACACGGCCGAGAUCGCCGCCGCCAUCAAACGCAUCGAGGACCAGGGCAAGGCCCCCAAGGGGGCCUCCGCGUCGCCGGAUCCUCGCGGCGCCGUAGUCGCCACCACUGCCACCACGGCCGCCGCCUGCCCCUCUCCCUAAGCCGUUUGUAUCGUAUCCUGGAAUAUUUUUGGUUCCUUUCUUUGGAACUAUGCGUCGUGGAGAAUGCCUCUUCUCGUUAAGUUAUGUAAUAUUUUAUUUUGUCUCGCCCACCCCCGGCCUAGCCCAGCACGCCACCUUCGUUCAUGGAGCAUGGGGGGGGGGGGGGCGGGGGCGUGCAUUCAGUGUUGUUUUGUUAUUUUGUUAUUUUGUUAUAUCGUUACUGUUACAGGCGACUCUGUUACAACAACCGGCUAUACCGUUUUUUAGGGAAUAUAAGACUGCUCUGGAAAAUAAGACGUAUCCCCCAAAAACUUGCGCCCAGUGUCACUAAAGUUAAACAAACACAACACACACAUCUAUCGGAUGAUGUGACGCACCCCCAACUUUUUCUUUAAUAUGCAGGGAUUGAAAAGCGUGUCUUAUUAUCCGAAGAAUACGGUAUUGUCCGACUCUUGCAAUGCAUGUAAUUCUGGAAAUGUUCACAUUUUGGAUCUGUCCCAGAAAUACAAAAAUUUGACCUCGAGACCAAAUUUCCGGUCCGACUAGUAAAAUAUAUUCGGAUCGAUACAAAUACGAGACGUCGCGGGGAGUGACGUCGCAUUUAAUGACGCCGCUUGCGGCUCUCUCCCUGCCAAGGGUGGCACCACGCGGCAUCGAGUGACAUCACUUUAAUAGCACAAAGUCGCGGUUUUAUAUUUACUAUUUUAUUUACCAGGUAAAGCCCACUGAGCUAUGAGUGUUAAAUUAUCGCGUCAUGUGAAUGAUCCGAAUGUCUGAAGAAAAUAAUGAAAUGUGAAAUUAUCCUUACAAAAUUACAACUUCUUGAAUAUGACGCUCGUCCCGAACUGUUAGCGCUAUCAGAGAGAGGUGAGCGAGUGUAUUGUGGUCAUCUGUACCAUCUGCUGACGUGUGGUGUUGAAGCUGAACACGCGAGCAGGGUGAGCGACCCAGCCCAGAGUUGGUAACAAUCGGUGUAUUUUCGUUUCCGGUAAAAAACCGAAUGAUAAAAACCCAGUAAACACCGCUUACCGGUUUGCCGCACAUGCAGAGCUGUCCCGAGAAAUAAAAAAUAACGCGUUUAGCUUUUGCGCUGGGAAACGUAGAGAGCUGGCCCCAGCGGUGUAACGAUCGGCACACUGGAAUUGCAAUCCAGAGGUCGCCGCUUUGAUCAUCCAACCUCAUAAAUCCCCCGGCAUCUCUCCACCAAGCGGUAUAAAUAAAUGUUGCACCGUAGUUAGUUGAUCAAUAGCUUGCAUGUGGUGGGAUGAAGUGUGGGUACUCUCACCUCUUCCAAAACAUCUGGCCAAUUUUGGAAUAGUUCAGCACGUAGGCUUUUGCGACAAAUAUUGUCCAUAAAAAGUUUUUUUUUUAAGACCGAUACAGGAGGAUUUCUCCACAACUCUGGCUGUCGCCUGAUGAUGCUGGUUGUAAUUACUGGCGAAACUUCGUACUCGAAUUGUACAUGUUUUUAGUUUACGCUCUAACACACCGGUGUGCUGUACUAGUAACGACACCUCGAGGCAAAGCUGUGGCCUCUCCCUAAUAGUCCCUGCCCUGCCGACAUGCGAAGACGCCACCAUGUACCAAAAGGUUCCAUCAAAAGUACCAGUAAGCAGUCCAAAAUUAUCUUUACAACUUAAAAAUUCCAUCUAUUUUUAUAUCUUACAUACACUAGCUUUACAUUGUCGAAUAAGUAGUCAUUAUCGUCUCUCUUUGGCUGCCCUAAGUCUGCUGAAGCCAGGUCUUGGAGGUCACUGUGUGUCUCUUGCGCGGCAGUGGUGGCAUCUUGCGGAGAGGGUUGAUGGCGUUUCGCGAGGUUCGGGUGGCAUCGGUGGCUUUGGCCGUGGUGGCAACUGGAUAGACUCUAAUUUUUAUGAUCUCUUAAAAUAUAAUAAACUAAACUAAAAACUAUUUUAAUUUUACCAGGUAUAACCCACUGAGCUAUAUAGCUCUCUUUUUCACGAGCGGCCUGGCCACAAAUGAUAUCUCAACGAAGUGGCUUGUCAUCAGGGUUGGGAUCGAACCCACGACAUUCUGUAUGCCACGCGAGGUAGUUAACAUCUCGUCACCGCAAGAUGUAAUAACGUCAUGCAGAUUUUUUUAUGUAGUUUAAAACCCUUCAUUCGCAGUUGUGAAGAGUGAGAGGUAAUGGCGGAAGCUUCUGGCGGGCCUUCGUUCAUCUAGCAGCGGACUGAUCAUAGCUGAUGAUGGUGGCGAUGAAACUCUUCAUGGCGAGAUAUUUGUCCUCAUAUCUUUGAACUUGGCAUAAAAGGGAAUAUUGUAUGCGGAAGACCCCUUCUAGCCACCAGUUGUAACAGAGUUUUAAUAUUUCACGCAGGUGUUGACGUAACACUUUAAAAAAAUCGUUAUUUAAGGAAGUUUUUCUAACUUAAUGUUUUCGCCUAGUUUUAUACUGGUUUUGUGCUAUUGGCGUAAUAGAUCUCACGCAGAGCAGUGCAGCCCGUGGUGUUAAGAGAAUGGGCCCACGGAAGUGGAUAUCGCAGAGCUACCUCUGAGAUCGCUUCAAGUGACGUCUGGUCCACACGUUAAGCGGGGGGGAGGGGCGGGCCAGCACUUUCCCACCCCGCUCUGCCACUGCGCGUCAUUUCAAUUUUGCAAAUCGUCAACAACAGUCGUGCGAUCGUAAAUGGUGGCGCGCGAUUGUACCACGCUCCCCUCGUGACUUGGUCUCACGCUGAUCAGCCGAUGGUCUCAGGAUAUUUUGAGUCGACCGCUGGCAGACUUUUGACAGGGCACGCGCGGUGCGCUUUAACUGUGCGUGAGGUUUCUACAGGGGACUCUCACCACAGAGCACUUGAGCCUGGAUUGAGAGCACUUAGGGAUGAUCGGUGUAAGCAGGGAAGGACACAUCAGAGAUUUGCUCCACGUAGGAAAAAGGGGCAGCCCUCCUGUUGGUACCUCGUAGAGCUCUGGUGUCAGGUCAGAGCUUUUACCUCUGGAUAUCUCGUCUCCUCUUAGCCCCCAUCCUUGGUCGCAAUCUGUCACCUUGCCAGAUUGAUCAAUCCCCCGACCCCACAGUCCUCUCUCCCGUGAUCCCCAUAGCCCCCCCCCCCUCCACAGGCCCCCCCCCUCCACUUUGUUUCCUUAGCCCAGGGGGUCGGCAACCUGCGGCUCCGGAUCCGCACACGGCUCAUGUUAAGGACCCCGCUUCGUGACGUUAUUCACGCGCGGCGAUUGCGGCUCUUGAAAAUUUUAUUUAAUUAUAUUUUUUGACCGAAUUCGGGGACAAAAUAAAUAAAAAGUAGCUUCUUUGUUAUUUUGGUUCCCGACCCCCCCCCCCCCCUCCUUGCCACACACACAAAACCGCCUCCCCCCCCUCCUCCUUUUGCCGGUGGAACAGACCCCGACCCCUCCUCCUCCUCACCCCCGCAAAAAAAAAUGCAACCUUCUCUGUGUCCUGUGCACACCGAUAGUUUUGCGGGAGCACGCAACGCUGCCCACCGUGACGCUCGAGGCCGCGCGAACGGCCGCGGUGAGAUUGCGCCGUUGCGCGUGACGUGGCCCCCCCACCCAAGGUCAUCAUCUCAAGCGGGAAGUUUUAACGCUUCAAGUGGGUGUUUUUUUGUAUUUUUUCCCCCUUCGUCCGAAAAUCCCAGAGCUUUUGAAUGUAUACACUUUGUAUGCAUUUACGUGUAGUUGUGUAGGUGUGUUUUAUACGUACGUAUGUUGAUUGCAUGGGUAUUCGCUACGAUAUAGCUGAUAAGUCUGUUACUAGCUGUCUCGCGGUAUAUAUGUAUCUCAUGUAGUCCCAUGAUGUCCUGGAAGUAUCAAAUUGCAUUGGAUAGACGUAUCAUCCACUGUGUUGUGUACGUGCGUGUGUGCCACAAUACAUUUCCGUAGCUGAGUGACGUUUCCGAAUUUCAUUUACGGUCAAUGUUUUAGGAAGUUGUAUCGUAAACAAUAUGGUUUGUGUCUUAGCCUUGCUGACAUGAUUCGCAGCUACGUGGGUGAAUUCGAAUUCAAGCAUUUAGAGCGACUGCGGAGUUUUAAUAUUCUUAGGUGUCUUUGCGAUGAAUUCAGUUCAUGUGCAGGCGCUAAGUGGAUUCGUUUCACGGGAUCGUAAGAGGCGGCAGUGGCUUGGAGAGGCCUUCAUCCAGCAGUGGAUUGACCAUGACUGAUGAUUGCUGACCCGCCCAUGAUGGACAUCUGUGAAAAAGAGCUCCGUAGCUUGUCGGAUUUACUCCUGCAGUGGAAAUUAAAGAUUCUAAAUUCUGAUGAUUGCCGCUAGAAUUGGCGGUUUAAACUUACCGGGGGGAAAGAAAAAUCCCCGAGGGAAUGAUCUCAAUUAUCAUCAGGACAAUGCGAGGGCAGCAAUUGCAGCGCUGCGCCUUUGCCUAUCUUUUUUUUUUUAGGAUUCCGUGUAACAGAGCGAGUGUGCGUCGGUGAAGCUAAAUUCAAAUUUACGUGGAGAUUAAAACGAGCGUGGAGCCAAUACUUGAGAAUAUAAUUGGUCGGUGUUUCAUCCCGUAACGAGCCAUUUACAUUUCGUUACUAGUGUUAUUUUGGAGAUGUUACAUAAACUGAAACAUUGUGUGGAGACUUCUGAAAUGGGAUAUAUACUUAGCCAAAGGAAAGCAAUGUAUUAUUAAGACGUUUUUACGAAGUUUUUGCCAUUUCAAAACUACUAUUUGGAAAAGUGUGAAUGAUUAAUGAUUUAAUGUAUAUCAUAAUUGUUUGGAGAAUGAGUUCCGUCUUCACCCAAAUCCAACAAUAUAAGUUUCACAAUUCACAACUUAUCACUCAAUAAAAUCUGUGCCGAAACGUU